AUGACUGGUCCAGGGGCCACCUCCUUGCACCUUGCUGCCCUGAACUCGGAUCUGAAGGCUGUCAGCAAGCUUGUGAGCAAAAAAGGAAAGGCAACAGACGCCACUGCAAGCUCCGGGGAGUCGUUGCUUCAUUUCGCCGCUUGCAACAAGAUCCACGGAAGAGAAAUAGUCGAAUAUCUAUUAUCCACCGACCUGAAGGGAAUUGACGUGCGACACAAGGACAUUAACGGAGCAGAACCGAUUCACUACGCAAUAUUUGAGGUAAAUUUGGAGGUUGCUCAGGAAUUGCUGAAGAAACGAGGCGCUGACCUUGAACUCCUGCAUCUUUGUAUCACAUCGAAGAAACUGGAAUUUGCAAAAUUGAUCCACGUGUUUGACAAUGAGCUGAUCAACUGUCUCGACCCUGAAGGGAAUAGUGCUCUCCACUUGGCAGCCGAAUUUUCAGACCUGGAAACGUGUCAGUGGCUGAUUGGAGAGGGCGUCAAGGUCGACACCUACGGCGUUUCCAGCGGCGACUCCGUUCUGCACUGCGCCGCCAGGAACCAAACGCACGGAUGGGAAAUUCUUCACUACCUAAAACCCUUCAUCCUCUCGGAAUUGAACAUAAAUGGACGCAACAAUUCUGACGAAACGCCUCUGCACGCCGCUUUAAAAACCGAAAACAUCAGGGCCGCUGAGGAGUUGAAAAAAUUAGACGCAGACCUGAAGGUCGAGCUUGACGGAGAGAACCCCCUGGAGUUUUGCGUGACGCAAAAUAAAUUACAAAGCGCGAAAUUCAUCGUCAAGCACGACAGACAGCAGAUCAAAGAUGAGAAUGGAUGCCGAUGCACCAUCCAUCUAGCCGCGGAAAAGACUGAUAAGACUUUUUGCAAGUGGCUGAUCAAUGAAGAAAAGGUCGAUUUAUUCAGGACUGACAACAAACACCGCAAUGUUCUCCAUUACGCGAUUUUGAACGAGACACACGGAAAGCAAUUGAUUCGGCUCUUCCUCAAGAAUAAAAAUUCGGUAAAAUCAGAGCAGUGGCCGAAACUGAUGAAUGAUUCGCGGAAUCCUGUUCUAGGAGUCGCUUUAAAAGCAGAAAACAUCAUAAUAGUCAAGGAGUUGCUGCGUUAUGGAGCUAAAUUGGAAGAAAAUAAUCUCCUGCACUUCUGCGUUCUUCAUAACGCACUGGAAAGCGCCAAAUUCGUUCACGAAAAAUACCCAAAAAUGCUGAAGGAGCGCAACCAAGAGGGUUUGACGGUGUUCCAAUCGGCAGUGGCGCAUGCCGACGUAAAAAUGUGCAAAUGGCUAACCGAACUAGGCCUCGGAAAAGAGCCCACGGAAAACACGGCUUUGCAUUACGUCUCGAAAAACGAAAAAUUCGGAAAAGAAGUAACUGCUUACCUCUACGCUAUCGGAUUGGACGUAAACGCAACUAACAAAUUCGAGGAAACGCCUUUGUACCGAGCCCUGUUGACCUACGAAAACUUCGACGUGGCCGAGACGCUGAUGCAGUUCGGCGCCAAUUUGAAAGAACAGGUCGGAAACGAGAACAUUCUCCUCUCUUGCAUUAGAAUGCAGAGACACGACUGCGCCAAAUUCGUUUUGGAAAAGGACCAGGAUUUGAUUCGGCAGGCUGGAGCCAGAGGAGAAACUGUCUUGCAUUUCGCGGCAGAAAAGUCAGAAUUGGAAACGUGCCAGUGGCUCGUGGACAAAGGCGCCGACCCAAAGGCCCUGAGCGAAACUGGAUCUUCAGUCGUGCAUUUCGCCGCCUCGAAUAAGGUGGGCCAAGGCCGGAAUCUCGUUUGGUACUUCCAUUCUUUGGGUCUGGACAUAAACGGGACGAACAAUAAGAAGGUAACGCCUCUCCAUUGUGCAAUUAUAAAAGGAAAUUACGACGUCGUGGACGAGCUCUGCAGACUCGAUGCCGAUUUAACGGUGAAAAUCGACGGCGAGAAUCUCCUGCACUUUUGCGCGCGCCAUAAAAGACUUAAAAUGGCCAAACUCUUGCUUUCAAAAGACAGGCAGCUUAUCAAGGGUGUCGAUUCUUUUGGUAAUUCGGCGCAUCACGUCGCGAAAAAGGUUGGGGAUCUCGAGUUUUGCAAGUGGCUCGUCGAGCAAGGCGUCAAGGUCGGCAAUGAUGCAAAAGACGUUCCAGCACUUCUGCCGAAACCAGAACGACUCGUCUAA